CUGAUUAAUAUGAAAAGAAAUAAAACCUCAGGAGUCCACAGAUGCUAUUGGACAGUUUAAGUAUAACCUCUGGAGUUGGCAGAACUCUAUUGGACAGUUUAAAUAUGAUGCCAGGAGUUGGUGGAACACUAUAGGCCAAUUUAAAUAUGACCCAGGAGUUGGUUGACGGCUAUGGGGCACUUUUUCUAGAAAGCACCCCCACCCCACCAAACUUUAAGCAUGAAAGAAACAUUUUAAAAAAAAAACAAAACAAAAACAAGCCCCAAGACAUUCAUUGAUAUCUGCAAAGGGUCCCUCAUUUGAAAUUUGUAAGAAGGCCCUAAAGGGGGAAAAAAAUGUAUUUGAACUUAAAAAAGAAAAGCAGCCCAAUUGUGCAGAAAACUUAUUCCUCCCCCCUCCCCUAUCACAAAAGGGAAUGCUAGGGAGGAGUGAUCCAAUCAACCUGCUAACUAUUUUGAAACAAAAGAGUUAGGAUGGUAGAAAAACCUCAGAUAGCUUGGAGACUGUCUCUUUCAACAGAAACUCUCUUGAAUUGCUGGACUGCAAGAGGAGGAAUGCUCCCUGUUUUUAACUCUGAAAAUAUAUAUAUUAUAUAAUGCCAUUCUUUGGCCAUGCUGUCUUAGUAAAUAAUGGUGCCUAUCUUUAUUGCCGUGUGAUCUGUUUAGCAUGGAGCCAGUAACUUUAAGUUGCAGUUCAUCACCAGGCCAAGAUAAAAAACUUUUUAACUGUAGUUGUGCUUAAUAACUUCAGGUAUUACACAGAUUGAAUAGGGAUGUGGGGACUAAUACUAACUAACAUUUUGGCUUGUUUUUUAACCCAGAGGCCCCAAGCACACAUGGCUGGGGCGUGGUGGGGGACAGAACAACCAGGGGGUCUUUUUAAAAGCAUGUGGGUUUAUUGAAAAGUAUUUUGUUGCAAACAGCGUUUUAAACUGCUGGUGUGUGUUUAAAAAGUGUAUAUCUACAAACUGAUGGUAAUGGUGUGUUUCCAAUUAACAGGGUUUUUACUUUGCAAAAUGAGAUGUAUUUUUUUAAAAAAAUAUUUGUGGGGUUGUUUUUAAAGUGGUAGAAAUAAACUCAAAACCUGUGAUUGUUGUACAGCCUGAAAUGAAUUAUUUUGUUUUAAAGCUAUGACUUUUUUAAAUAGAAAAAACACCCUAAUGAUUAUAUAUUUUUUUAUUUUAAAGUUUACUAGACAGUUUCAUGUGUUUUAUUAGAAUGUUGUUUGUUUUACAGUAUGGUCAAAACAUGAGGGGGUAAAAAUGCUCAAAAGAAAAAGGAAAGAGACAACUGAAAAGAAAAAUUCACCAGUAUCAGUGACGAUGGAUGGAUGAAGCCGGGCAUGUGCAGCCCUUCUGACAAGGCUGUAGUGGGAGCUACAAGGACACCUCCCCGAGAACCACCAAAGAACCAGGAAUCUGCUUUGAGACCUUUAACAACGCAAAACAUCACAAAAGUGCAGAUGAAGCAUCAGGACAGUCCAAACCUCAUAUAUGUCAAAUCCAAGGACAAAACAAAACACUCUGGUAAAAACCAUCCAUGCAAACACAACUCCAGUUCCUCAGCAGCCACCGCCACACCAAGCCCUGAGAAAACUGUGAGCAAAAACACACAAAUUCACAAACCCGGAGCAGGCACUCUAGGGGUUGUGAAUAAAAAAACAAGGAUUGAAAACUCCUGUGAUGCCAAGGUAUUGCAACCGUGCAAACAUAACUCCAGUUCCUCAGGAGCCACUACCAAACUAAGCCCUGAGAAAACUGUGAGCAAAAACGCCCACAUUCACAAACCCGGAGCAGGCACUCUAGGGGUUGUGAAUAAAAAAACAAGGAUUGAAAACUCCUGCGAUGCCAAGGUAUUGCAAUCAUGCAAACACAACUCCAGUUCCUCAGUGGCCACUGCCGCACCAAGCCCUGAGAAAACUGUGAGCGAAAACACCCACAUUCACAAACCCAGAGGUGGCACUCUAGGGGCUCUGAAUGCGUGCAAAACCACACACAUUCACAGACCCGGAGCAGGCGCUCUAGGGGUUGUGAAUAAAAAACCAAGGACUGACCAGCCAUUCUGCCAAAACCAUAAGCUUGUCACAGAUCCCCCAUAUUCUAGUAUUUGGGAAGAGUUUGAUGCUUCAUUCAGAAAACUGAUGGAUGCUGUAUCCUCGGGGGUCUAAAACAAUGGCAUUCUAAAAAGAUUUGGAAAAAAAUAUGAUGCUUUGUUCAGAAAGGACGCUGAAUCCUCAGAGGGCCUAAAAGAAAGGGGGGCCGGAAAGGAUGGCUCUGAUCAGGCAUGACUAGGUAUGGAAAGGAGCAUCUUCAAGGGUGUACAUCAGCUCAUGUGUAAACAAAAGGGCGGACAGCGCUUGGGGGAUAAACAGAUAGCUGCCAAAAAGUUCCAGGCCAGGGUCACUGUAAACAUUUUUAAAAGGGCUAAAAAGGUAAUGAGGAAAAAAAACCUAAAAGAGUUGCCCCCUACCAGACGCUCUCAAACUGGCAUGUCUGAAAAUGGGGAGGCGAAAUCAGACUCUGGUUUAGAAAAUUCCCCAAAGGACUGUCUAGAUGGGGUCCCAUCUACUCCCAAUGACCCUCAUGGAGGCGCCUCAGAGUCUGACUCUCAAUUAGUAUCUGAUGUAGAAGAUGCCACUGAUGGUUCCAUAGAAGAAUCCCCAAGUAACCCUGAAAAUGCAGAGGUGUAUAUGGAGAGAGUGAAAAGUUGGCAACGUGAAUUACCUAGGGAUCAGGCUAAACCCUGCUAAACGCCAAAUUGCUAAACUGUUUUUAAAUUCUCUGUGGGGUAAAUUCGGGCAAAGAACCAACCUGCCCAAUACCAGCAUCGUGAGAGACCCUGACAAACUCUUUCAGUACCUGUUUUCCCCCAACUACGAGGUUUCAUCCUGUGAGUUUAUCGACUAUGAAACAGCGUGCGCAUCUUGGAAGCACGCAAAAGACCAUUAUUCUGUCUCUGGCAAUACCAAUGUUUUCAUAGCCUGUUUCACCACCGCUUAGAACUAUAUGCCCGCUUAGAACUAUACAGCCUCCUAGACGGGUUGCAAGAGCAGUGCCUGUACCACGACACUGACUCAGUGAUAUUUGUGAAAAGGGAGGGGGCCUGGAAUCCCCCUCUGGGGGAUUAUUUAGGGGACCUCACGAGUGAGAUGCCACCAGAUCAACACAUCACCAAAUUUGUGUCGGCAGGCCCAAAAACAUAUGGGUAUAAGCUGUUGGGAGGAGAGGCCUGUAUGAAGGUCAAAGGUAUUACCCUGAACGUAGCAAACUGUGAAAAGAUCAACUUUGACAGUUUGAAAGAUCUAAUCCUGGACUAUUACACGGGCCUGCAAGAAAACCCCUCAAAAAAGAUAGAGGUGCAGCAGCCCUCUGUUGUAAGAUACAAAAAUCAGUAGCAAAUAGAGACAAAAACCCUUAAAAAAACACAGAAAGUCAUUUACAACAAGAGGGUCCUAGGAGAAGGGUUUAAAACCCUGCCCUACGGCUUUUGAAAAAUGGAUACGAGGUGGAAACACCCCUUUUCUGCAAUUCUCUCGGGGCCUAGCAACUGCGGGAAAAGUUACUUUAUAAAAAAAUGUCUUGGAUAAUGCCAAACAAACAUUGUCUCUUACGCCUGAGAAUAUUGUGUGGUGUUACAGUUGUUGGCAACCUCUGUAUAAAGAACUGCUUUGUAAAUAUCCCUUUAUCAAUUUUGUGGAGGGGCUGCCUGAUGCUUUUGACGAUGACAGUUUGUUUCCUACCAAUAAAGUAAACAUGAUUAUCA